AUGCCGAAAUCAAAACGUGGAAUUGUCUGGGAAGACCGGGAAGUUCUUUUCGAUUUGCCUUUCUCAUAUCUAAAGUUGAGAAGCGGCGAGAAAGUAUUUGAUAGAAUUGAACCGAUUGAGGAUACGAAAGGUAACAGCGGCAUGAAGGGCCGGCUGGUUGUUACCAACCUUAGGAUAAUCUGGCACUCACUCAGCUCACCCAGGAUCAACUUAACCGUCGGUCUGAACUGCUUCAUAUCCACAAGCACCAAGGUAGUGAACUCAGGUCUCCGCGGAACCACGCAGGCUCUAUAUAUAUUGGCUGGCUACAACACUAAUAAAUACGAAUUCGUCUUCACUAAUUUGGCGCCAAACUGCGUGAGACAUUACACAUCCGUUUCCGGCGUUCAUAAAGCAUAUGCAUCAUCUCGUAUGUACCGCGACCUCAAGCUGAGAGGAGCGAUCAUUCACAACAAGCAGUUGAAAGUAUUGCCACUAGAAAAGAUCUGUCUAACCGAAAACGGUGUAUGGAAUUUAUCAAGUGAAUCGGGUAAUUUAGGGACAAUGGUAAUAAGCAACGUACGUGUAGUCUGGUACGCUGAUAUCAACGAAUCAUUUAACGUAUCGAUGCCUUACAUCACUAUAGAAAGCAUAACGGUGAGAGAUUCAAAGUUCGGUGAUGCAUUAGUGAUAGCGACUCGCGCGUCGUGCGGCGGCUACGUGCUGGGUUUCAGAGCUGAGCGAGAGAGACUUCAGCCGCUACUGACUGAGUUACAAACGUUACACAACGCGUACACAGACGCGCCUGUGUUUGGAGUGGAAAUGUGUUGGGAGAGUGAGAUAUCCAAACCUCUACACGAUGAUAUAAGUGAAUUAGAAGAAAUCGGCGAACCCCGCGGCGAGAUGGGUCCGUCUUUAUAUUUAGCGUCUCAACAGUCCCAACAUAAAAACGACGAGGAAAUACAACCGGUAUAUAGCCAAUAUCUCGGGCUGGCCAUAGAACCGUUAAAAGAAGGAUUCACUUUACAAAGCCUGUUUGAAGUUCAGACGGCGUCUUAA